AUGGAAGAUGCAAAUUUACCAUUGUAUCCAGGAAACAAAAGGUUUACAAAACUAUCUUUCAUUCUUCGGCUUUAUCAUAUUAAAUGUCUCUGCAAGUUGAGUGACAAAGCAUUCUCAUUGUUGUUUGACUUAUUGAAAGAAGCAUUUCCCGAGCCGAAUUCGUUACCGAAGUCUUUGUAUGAAACCAAGAAGAUUAUUAAAGACUUAGGCCUCAAUUACGAGAAGAUUGACGCAUGUCGCAACGAUUGCAUGUUGUAUCGGAAUGAGACAGCAAAUGCCAUGUCUUGUUAUAAAUGUGGCAUAUCAAGAUAUAAAUCAGACGAUAAGAAGAUCCUAGUCAAGAUAUUAUGUCAUUUCCCUUUGAUUCCAAGGUUUCAACGGUUAUAUAUGUCAUCUAAACUAUCAUCUGAUAUGAGAUGGCAUCAUGAAGAGCGUGUAGAUGAUCAGAAGUUACAACACCCAGCUGACUCCAAAGCAUGGAAGGACUUCGAUAGGCUUUAUCCGGAUUUCAGUGAGGACCCUCGUAAUAUUAGGCUUGGGCUUGCAAGUGAUGGAUUCAAUCCAUUUAAGAUGAAUAGCUCAAAACAUAGUACAUGGCCUGUUGUGGUGAUCCCUUACAACUUGCCACCAUGGAUGUGUAUGAAGGCUCCUAACAUGAUUCUUACAUUGCUUAUUCCUGGACCAAAACAACCAGGGAAUGAUAUAGACAUAUAUUUGCAGCCAUUGAUUGAUGAGUUAAAAAAAUUGUGGGAUACUGGCGUUGAGACUUAUGAUACAUAUAAGAAGGAAAUAUUUAAGCUAUGUGCAUGCUUGUUAUGGACCAUUAAUGAUUUUCCGGCAUAUGGGAAUCUCUCAGGUUGGAGUACGAAAGGUGCUUUGGCUUAUCCAUGUUGCAACAAGAAUACAGUUUCACGUUGGCUAAAAUAUGGAAGAAAACACUGUUACUUGGGCCAUCGUCGAUUCCUUCCUCCUGAUCACAAAUUUCGUAGUGAUAGAAGAAGUUUUGAUGGUCAUGAGGAACAUAGAGUGCAACCAAAGACACCUUCUGGUUUUGAUGUGUUGGAACAGCUGUGGGGUGCUCAGUUUCCCCCAUUUGGGAAGGAUAAUAUUGACAAGGAUGGGGGGGGAAGAGAAAAAGGGGAUGUGAUGCAUAUUGAGAAGAAUGUUUGUGAUAGUAUCAUUGGGACAUUGUUAGGUAUGAAAGAUAAGACGAAGGAUCAUGUGAAUGCACGUCUAGAUUUGAAAGAUAUGAAAAUCCGUGUUGAUCUUCAUCCAAAGAUUAUUGAAGGCAGGGAUAAAGUCAUUUUACCUCCAGUAUACUACACAUUGUCCAAUGAGGACAAGGAGGUGUUUUGCACAAUAUUAAGUGGUGUGAAGGUUCCAGAUGGCUAUGUUAGUAAUAUCUCACGUAAUGUGCAAGUCAAGGAGAGGAUAAUUUCAGGAAUGAGAGCCAUGAUUGUCACAUUAUGA